AUGCUCGCUCUACCGCAUUCUCCACUGCGGUCGAAGAGUCUCAACUCUUCACGCCAGCUGAGCGAAGAAUGGGGGCCGGGAGCCACGGGCCCCGAAAACAUCCCCGACGUCAUAGGGCUUCAAGACGCAAAUGGCAAAACCAAACUCAAGGUGGUUGGAGAGUUAAAGAUACCCUGGGUCGAUGAGGAUCCUCUAGUGUCCACUGCUAAGCAAAGUGAGCUUCGCGUAACCUCUGCGGGAUAUGCAGAAGGAGUUGACCACCCCGAACAGCUUUACUACCGCAUCCUUGACGCCGUCUGCAGGAUGCCAGCCAGGAGCACCUACACCCCUUUUCUAUUCGCAGGGGGCCUGUUACCCACGUGA